AGCUUGGUGAUAGCAAUGGCAUUGCUCAGAUCCCUUAAACUCUCAAUCCCCUCCCCUCCCCUCCCAGCUUAUAGGGCUGGCAGAAGUGGUCACUGCAUUUAAAGAGAGCAGGAACCCCUCCCAUUCAAACCCUUUGAGACCCAAGAAAAGAAGGAGAAAAUUCAAGCGACUCCGGUUAACCCUUCAGAUAAGGAUGCCAAACUGGGGAGGAGGAGCCAAGUGUGGGGCCUGUGAAAAGACCGUGUACCAUGCUGAGGAAAUCCAGUGCAAUGGAAGGAGUUUCCACAAGUCAUGCUUCCUCUGCAUGGCUUGCAGGAAGGCUCUGGACAGCACCACAGUAGCAGCUCACGAAUCCGAAAUCUACUGCAAAACCUGUUAUGGGAGAAAAUAUGGCCCCAAAGGGGUUGGCUUUGGACAAGGGGCUGGAUGCCUCAGCACUGACACCGGAGACCACCUGGGCUUGAACCUGCAGCAGGGGUCACCAAAGCCUGCUCGCCCCUCAACACCAACUAAUGCUUCAAAGUUUGCCAAGAAGAUGGUAGAUGUGGAUAAAUGUCCCCGUUGUGGCAAAUCAGUGUACGCUGCAGAAAAGAUCAUGGGAGGAGGAAAACCUUGGCACAAGACCUGCUUCCGCUGCGCCAUUUGUGGGAAGAGUUUAGAAUCCACGAACGUUACAGACAAGGAUGGAGAGCUCUACUGUAAAGUUUGCUAUGCAAAAAACUUCGGUCCCAAAGGAAUUGGGUUUGGUGGCCUCACUCAAGUGGAGAAGAAAGAGUGUGAAUGAGAAGAAAUGAAUGCAACAGACUCAAACUGCUGUUGAUGACACCAAGUGAUAGCUGUCAAGUAAAACACUAAACAACACAUAUUGCUAAGUACCUAGGGCAUUUGAUUAAGAUCUUC